AUGCCGCAACGGAGCGGACCCGGGCCCGUAGCGCGCCCCCCAGCCCGGACCCACGACGCACGGCCACCGCCACAGCCACGCAGUCGGGGCGGCAAGGGGCGCCCACGCGAACCCGCUUCUCCUCCGGUUCCUUCCCGCCGCGUGGCUCUCGAAGCAGGAGGAGACCGCUGGGAUAGCGGGGGUCGUCGUGCGGGCCCACCAACGACACAGCGGCAGUCGGAGCCCAUCGUGAACACGUCCUGCGCAGGAGGACCCGGGGCCGCAGAAACGUUACAGCGCAGGGCCGAGAGCCAAGACCCCGCUACUUCCCGCCCCCCGGGGUUCUAUGGCUUGGCCACCGCGCGCGGGCCAGACCGCGCCCGCCACACGAGCCGGCCCGGCGGCGGGGAGCGAGAGGCGGCGCGCCCCGCGCCCCCGCCCCAGUGGAAAGCACAGCCACCCAGCCCCCUCCCUCGUCUUUCGGCCCAGCACCGGCCCCUCCCUCCGUUCUCGCUCGCCCGGGACGGCGACCCCGGCCCGGCGCCCAGGCCGGGAUCGCCGUGCGUCGCCUCCCGAGCGGCGGCGGGCCGGGAGCGCGUCGGGCGGAGGGCGGAAAGUGCCUGCGGGGGCGGGGAGAGCGCGGUGAGCGCGCGGUCCGGCCGCCCCGGCGCCCGGCGCGGGAGCGGAGCGGAGCGGGACGCCGAGUCCGGAGCGGCCGGCUGCCGGGGCUCCCCGCCCCUCCCUCCUCUCCGGCGGCGGCGGCGGCGGGCGGAGUGA